GUGUGUGACGCACGAGAGCAACUAACUGAGAGUAGUUCUAACAACCAUUUGUCUCUAAAUACGUCCUAAGUAACAGUUCAUAAUUGUAUUACUAAACCUCAUUUGAUGAGGAUGCGAUACUAAAAGUAUAUUUAGUCAUUUUGAAAUCUUAUCGUUUGUAUGUACUUCUGUACAGAACCAGUUUUAUCGUCGUAUCUCUCACCGCACUAAUGCCAUGGUGUGACUGCGAGGGUCGGUCAUGCUGUUGGAAGGCGCUAAUCAAUAGUACGUGUACAGUCACAUACGUACAGUGCACUGUACAUGUACAUUGUACAUCACGUACAUGUAUACUGCACCUUAUUAAACCAGUUUGAGCGUGUAAAGGGGAGGUAAUCAUCAUCGUCAUUGUGGUUUAUUAGAAGUUUGCACCAUGCCUGUGAUCAUCCCAAAUGUCGAGAAACUUAAAGCAUGGUUAAAACGGAAACUUGAGCCAAUAUGUGAAGCAGACCCGGUUCCAUUAUCAAAGUAUGUUGUUGCCCUUGUGAAGAAGGAAAAAAGCGAAGAGGAGCUCAAAGAAAUCUGCAAAGCUCAACUGGAAGUCUUCCUGGUCAAUGAAACGGAUGGCUUUGUCAAUGAGCUCUUUGAAGCCAUCAUGACCAAGUCCUACCUGACGCAAGAUGGCAGCGUCCCCGGCGGCGACACACAGCAGGAAGGGAACAAGGACAGACCUGCGGACCAGUCUGCCUCUGAUGUCACUGGGGAGGGCCAGCCACCCCAGCCACCGUUGUCGGAUGCCGAUGUCAGUCUCCUGCAGAGCGAGGCGGUUUCCACGAUGAGAAGCAACGAAGCGGCAAGGCGGUCCUUGGAAGCAGCGGGGGAGGGAGGAGAGAAGGACCACCGCAGACCACGUCGCUCGCGCAGCAGAUCUAGGAGCCACAGCCCUGGAAGGCGAAGACGGCCAAGAGAUGACGACAGAUACCGUCGACGGGGUGAUCGGUUUGAUCGUCACGGCAGCCGCUAUCACAGUGACAGAGAUCGUGAUAGGGAGAGAGAAAGAAAUAGAGACAGGGGCUUCAGAGGCUAUCGUAGCAACAGAGACCGUCCGUACAGUGACCGUCGUGAUGACCGGCGCGAAGAUCGCCGUGACGAUGCCGGCGGGCAUCGCACACGCUCCCGGUCCCGUUCUCGAUCCCGUAGCAGGUCACCAGUACCCGUCACCGGUGCCGGCAGUGUGAACAGCAUAAUUACUGUCGUAGGGGGCGGUGAAGGGAACCAGUCUGGCCUGCGGCCCAGGGAUCGUUGCCGUGAUUACGAUGAAAAAGGUUUCUGCAUGCGGGGAGAGUUGUGCCCGUUUGACCACGGAAAUGACCCGGUCAUCGUGGAGGAUGUCAACAUUCUCAAGCAGCGCACCCCACCCCUGCCUGCCCAGCCUCCUCCCUCCCAACCCCCACCCCCUCAGAUCAACUCCCAGAUGCCGCCACCACAACCAGGGAUGCUGCCGCGGCCGCCCCUGGGGCCGCCUCCCCCAGGCGGGCAGUAUGGCGAUCCUUUCCCAGUCGGCCAGCGGCUUGGCCCCCCGCCCCAGCAACCACCACCGGCCAGGAUGCCCGCACCCCCCAGGGGACCCAUGCUACCCCCUCCUCACUCCCAGGGAGGGCCAUUCCCAGGCGGGCCUCCUCCCAUGGCGGGGGGUCCGCCACCCAUGCUCAGAGGUCCACCACCCAUGGGUAGGGGUAUGCCACCCAUACACCCCAGUCAGCCACCUCCCCUGGCCGGGGGUCCAGGCCAGCUUCCACCACCUCACAUGGGCAUGAGAGGGCAGAUGCCUCCACGAGGACCGAUGCCUCCACGAGGACCGAUGCCUCCACAAGGCCCUCCAGGUCCAGACCACAACGAGCUGAGACCAAUGCCUCGUCAGGGAGUCCACCCUAUUCGCCCCGUCGGCCCCCCUCUGCAUCAAGGACACCCACCCACCCGACCCAACCUGCCCCCUGCAACAUUCCAGGAACGUGCCCCAAGAAUGGACGCACCCAAGGGACGAUUUGCCCCAUCAUCAGACGGCCAGCCGCAGCCGGACGCAUACAACCCAGAGGACCCGUCCAUAGAUGCCAAGCCCUAUUACGUCCCACGGUCCGGCCGCAACCAGUCAGCCAACUUGAGAUCACUCAUUGGAGUCCAGACAGUGCCGCUCGCUGAGCCAAAAGAUAUUGAAGAGUUGGAAGCCGAAACCAAAAAACUGGAUACGGGAAGUACCCGCACUGUUGUCAUGGAGACACCAGAAUCGACUGGCAGCCAGCAAGCCUCUGAUUCCAGGACAGUCGUAGCCGCCUCCUCGUCCACCGCGAACGCGACAGGGCGCAAGAGGCCUCACGAGCCCGAUACGUCCCAAGAGGGCGGCAGUGGUGCCUCUUCCUCCCCGAGCAAGACGAUGACGCCGGACUCCACCCGGAAGGUAGUGAGUGGCGUCGGCAGUAGUAGUGGCUGGAGGCCCAAGGCUAAGGUCACCCACAGUAGCCGCACCCUGGAGAUCCGCAAGAUCCCCCGGGAGCUGAACAGCAUCGCCAAGCUCAACGAACACUUCCAGAAGUUUGGUGUCAUCACCAACCUUCAGGUUGCUUACGGAGGACAGCCGGAUGCUGCCCUCAUCACUUAUGACACCCACCUCCAAGCGAGGGCGGCACACAACUCCAUCGAGGCUGUCCUGAACAAUCGCUUCAUCAAGGUGUUCUGGCACAACGAGAAUGCCGGGCAGGAUGGCAGUGAUGCCUCAUCCCAGAGCCCAGGUCAAGGGUCGUCCAGUAAAGGCUCUGUGAAAGACAGGCUAGGAAUCCCAACCAAAGAUCAGCUGACCUUUGUCAAGAACCCACCGGAAACAUCAGAAAGGGUCGUGGUCAAAAGCACAGGCACGGGCCUGUCCAAGACCGUCUUCAACCCGGCCGCCCUGAAGGCGCCCCAGGCCUCCCUGCUAGCGGCCAGGAAGGUGGCGGCGGCCCAGGAAGCAGUGCGCAAGAAGCAAGAGGAGCAGCGCAAGCUGGCCCAGAAGAAGCAGGUGGAGAUCAGGAGACAGAAGCAGGAGCUGCUGGUCAAGCUGAUCCAACAGCAGAAGUCCUUCUUGACUAAGCUUGAGGACAAGAGCUUGUCGGCAGACAAGCGAGCCGAGAUCCUGAGCUUUGUGAAGAAGCUCGCCGAGCAAGUGGAUGAGAUAAAAAAGGCACUGGAAGCCAAGCCCUUGACCAAGUCCAAAACAGAUGUUCAGAAAGAAUUACUGGACACGGAGCUGGAGCUAUACAACCAGCAGUCUGACGGAGGAGACGCUACCGAGCUCUACAGGCGAGUUGCUCAGCUGAAGAGAGAGAUCAGCACACGCACUGCGUCACUCAACUACAUGAAUGCUGCUUCCAGAGGUGGGGCUCGUGGGCGUGGUCGAGGGCGGGGCCGGGCCCGUAGGCUGAGCCACUCCAGCACCACCAUUGACAAGCGACCACGGACCCUGGGCAUCAGUGGGUUUGACCCAGAGGACAAGGAUGAAGUCCUGACACACUUUAGUGACCUCGGCGAGAUAGAGAAUGUUGUCUAUGAUGAGGCCUUGCACACGUACGUCAUUGGGUUCAAGACAAGAAAAGAAGCUGAAUUCGCUGUAAAGAAGGGAGGCUUAUUCAAGGACCGGCAGUUACAGAUGGUGUGGCACACCCCACAACAGACUCCCCUGGCUGGGGAGGCGGAGCCGGAUGUGGAGGAGGACAUCAUUGAAGUGGGCGGAGAACUGGAAGAUGAUGAGGAUCUGGAUGACAUCAAUGAAGACCUCCUCUUGGAGGACGAUGAAGAAGACGACGAGGAUGCUGAGAGCCGAGGGUGGCGUCGAUGAGGAGAGGAAGGGGAGGCCGCCAUGCCCAAUAUGUCUCGUCUGCCUUCUCAUCAUUGAUAGAUUGAGCAGCAUGUAGAGAAGCAGGGCAUUUGUCAUAAAUGGAUAAAACCCAGCAGGCAUUGGUGGUUUGAUGCACGGAGCAAUUGUCAGGAUACAAUCGAUCUCAUUACGUCAGCCAUUAUGAUCUAGUUCCCUGAACCCCACCCCCCCAAACAAAAAUUGAAGAAACUUUAAGACACCAAUUCCUAAGUACAGACUUUUUGUACCAGGCCAAUUUUUUCCAAACCUUCUAUUUUGUCUAUUUUCGCUUCUACCAAAAAGAAAGUUGGUUGACACUGAUAAAAAUCUCCGUCUUUGCCACCACCCAAUGUAAUAAAGGACCAGUCUCAGCGGGCUGCCAAGCAGAUAUCGUGUUAUAAUAAGAAUCAUUUGUGUACCACUUCCCGACUUAAUACCAGUCACCCUCAGUGAACAUCACGUGCCAAUGUUAGCUGGUAACCUAACUAUAAACCAAGCAGAGUGAAGUGUCUUUUGCAUGUUGAGUUACCUUGACAGUCUGCUUUGAAGCUCUGUGGCAUCAGUCAUCAGUGUUACGAUAAAUGCCCUGACUUUUUUCCUUUUUAGAAACUAUCCAAGUAUUAUUCCUUGCUAUGUUUUAGUGUUUAGGUUUUUGAUCUGGGGCUUGCUUGUAAAGUAUGUAUAUUUACUUCAGACACUUUAAGAGAAUUCAGGCAGAUGCGGUUUUUCAAGGUUCUAGACAUGACACACAUUGAUUCCUAUUCCCCUUCCAGUCUCGAGGACAGGAUUUGGAAAAGCUUUCCAACAAAAUAUCCAAGCGUGUAAAUAGAAUCCUUCUAGGAACUUGUACAUUUGGAUCUGUAUCACAUGAUUGCAAUUUUCAAGACUGGUCCCUCUGGACAGCCUACUUGACGAUUUUAUUUGAGGAUUUCAAGCUUGGGAAAAAGUUCCAAUCAGUGACAAAUUUAAGGACUAAUUCAAGGAGUAGGGUUUGGUUGAUAUUUAACUUGAUUUCUUUCAUGUUCGUGCACAACAAGCAGGAAUGUUUGUUAUGUUGCCUCACUCCAUGGAGAUUGAAGGCACAUCCAGUUAAUUUUUUCAAGCACAGUACGGAGGAUAUGUAUAACUGAUGUUUUCUAUCCUCACAGGGAUUUUUAUUUUUCGAUGUAUAACAUCUAGAACCUCCGAAACAGUCGUAGGGCCUCUGUUUUACCACUGCGUUCAUGCGUCUUUAGUUUGUAGUCCUUGACUCUAGUUUUUGGUUGUUCUUUUAAAUCAAGUUGGAUCUAGAUGGUCAGAUCUUCGUUGGGUGUGUUGUGUACAUCCAUGGGGGGAAAUUUGUUCGGACAGACGAACUGAUGCAGGAUCAGUCAGUAAUUUCAAACUUGCCUUAUUGGCUCAAAAGGAGACUAUGUUUGAUCCUAAGGAACCCUGUAUAAACAGCACUGGGUGGCCUGUUCAUGGCAUCACGAUUUAAAAUGGAGUCAUAAGGACUUUGCUCUGGCUGGUAAUGAUACCCCAGUCAAUGUGCAACUGCAGUAGUCAUAAGCCUGCGGCUUUCGUAGGAUCUCAUGAUUUACCUGGCUCUAGCCAAGUCUUUCACACUCAAGGCUGCAUCACGUGUACCUACUAGUACAAAUGUGUAUGGCAUGGGGUGCAGCCAAUCAAUUUUCGUCGGAAUGUGCACAAGCACACAGCUUCAUGGCAGAGGAAGGAGCCAUAGCCCAGGCAUACGGUGGCAAUAGCAUCAAGUGUAAGCCUAUCCUUGUCAUUGAGGGGAGCCUGGAGACUAUAUCAUUAAUUGAAAAGCAAAAUAGUAGGUCUGUAAGUACACGUAGUGCGUGUUCAAGUGCAGAAAAAGAGAUCUUCCAGUUUCCUUUUUUCAUCAUUGAUCAGAAAACUUGCAACUGACCCUCUGUGUGCAUUUGAAUAUACUUUUUAAAGCCCAUAUGCAAAAUACUUGAUGAUGGCAUCAUGCAUGUACAGGCCACAUGUGUUAUAGGGAAACUUUUGAUGUGUUUGGCUCUCCUGACUGAUUUUGUGCUAAUAGGAUCAGUUCCCCAGUGUCUGAACCUAUGUGAAAAAAAAGCCUUCUUUUUACAGAUAUGUUUGAAAAGAAAAGAAAGAAUGCUUUAGGAUUAGUUCAUUUUUGCAGUCUCUUUUUAGAGAGUGUAGUCUCUUUGAAGGAAGCACUCGAGAUGUAGGAGUGUGCCUUUUAUGGAAUGCUUUAAUUUUUCUUGUCUAGUUUCAUAUCAAGUUUAACUGUGUGCGUCUGCACAAAUUGACAAUUUUGCCAGUGGAAAAAGAUGCUGCAGUUUCUAUCGUGGUGAAGGUUGAAAAAAAUAAAGUGUUAGUCUCUAACUGGGUGUGUAACAGACCAAGGGGCACAAGGUUGACAGUUGGAUUUGUCCAAUCAAAUUUUUUUCUUGAACUUGAAAAAGAAAACUGCCGUGUCAAUUUCUGCAAACAUUACUCAGUUAAACAUUAUUCAGUUAACAUGGUAGUGGUAAUCUUAGUCCUUGCAUUGUAUAAAAAAAUGCAGUUUGUUCAAAGUAUAUUGUUACAUCUUUGUACUCUUAAUGGUAAUGCAUUCUUUUCAAUUGUAUAUUUCAUGAAAUUCACCAAAACAGAGAAAAAAAAUAAAGGGGGAAAUAAAAGAUUAAAAAGAAAAGAAAGAAAA